GGGAACCAGUUCCUCUCUCUUUCUCUCUCUCUUCCUCUACGUGCCGGCCUCAACUCCUCCUCUGCUCUGGCAUUCUGAUAAUGGAUUCGUCGUUCUGUAAAUGUGCGUUCGAUUCUCGGAUUUUCGUUCUCUCUGAAGCUUCGAGCUGUAUGCUCUGAUCAGAGAGAGCUUGGUUUCGAAGAAAAUGGCUAUGAAUGGCGGUGGUAGUGCUUUCAGGUCUUCUAUGAGGUCCGAGAGGCAAGGUGUUCAUCACCAUGUGCCUCUUUCUCCUGCUCAUAGCAGCUCCUCUGGCUUCUCCAUUGCUGCUUCCAAAAGUGUUGGUCAUGGACAGAGUGUCGUUUCUUCAGCUCGCGCUAAGGCGUCCCCUACUUCUCGACGCUCUCUUACUCCUAAUUCCAGGUCGCAUUCGUUUGACGCCGACGAAGAUCCCCAGAGGGUGAGAGUUGCUGUUAGAGUUCGACCGAGAAAUGCUGAAGAUCUCCUUUCUGAUGCAGAUUUUGCUGAUUGUGUUGAAUUACAGCCAGAGCUGAAGCGGUUGAAAUUGAGAAAAAACAACUGGAGUUCUGAGUCAUACAGAUUUGAUGAAGUUUUUACUGAAUCUGCCUCUCAAAGGCGUGUAUACGAAGUGGUAGCAAAACCUGUGGUUGAGAGUGUGCUAAAUGGUUAUAAUGGGACAAUUAUGGCCUACGGUCAAACAGGAACUGGCAAGACUUAUACACUUGGAAAAAUGGGUAAAGAGGAUGCAUCUGAACGUGGUAUCAUGGUUAGAGCUUUAGAGGAUAUAAUUGCCAAUGUAUCUCCUACUUCAGAUAGCGUGGAAGUUUCCUAUUUGCAGUUGUAUAUGGAAUCUAUUCAAGAUUUGCUCGCUCCUGAGAAGGUCAACAUUCCUAUUAAUGAAGAUCCUAAAACUGGAGAAGUAUCAGCUCCUGGUGCUACUGUCGUCAAAAUUCAAGAUAUAGAUCACUUUUUACAAUUAUUAGAGAUUAGUGAGGCUAAUCGCCAUGCAGCUAAUACAAAACUGAAUACAGAAAGUUCACGAAGUCAUGCAAUCCUCAUGGUUUAUGUACGAAGGGCUGUCAGCAAAAGAAUUGAAGAUAGGACUAUUUCCCUAGAGAAUGACAAUGCAGUUGAUGUUCUGGGUGGUGAUGGCAUACCCAUUGUUCGGAAAAGCAAGUUGCUUGUUGUGGAUCUAGCAGGAUCAGAAAGAAUAAAUAAAUCUGGAAGUGAAGGUCAUUUACUUGAAGAGGCAAAAUUUAUUAAUCUUUCUCUCACUUCCCUCGGCAAAUGUAUCAAUGCAUUGGCGGAAAAUAGCACUCAUAUACCCACCAGAGAUUCUAAGCUUACAAGACUACUUCGUGAUUCAUUUGGAGGUUCUGCCAGGACUUCUCUCAUUAUAACAAUUGGACCAUCUUCACAGUAUCACGCAGAAACUGCUAGCACAAUAAUGUUUGGACAACGUGCAAUGAAGAUAGUGAACAUGAUAAAACUUAAAGAAGAAUUUGACUAUGAAAGUUUAUGCCGGAAGCUUGAGAAUCAAGUAGACAAUCUCACUGCAGAAGUUGAUAGGCAGCAAAAGUUCAGAGAAAUUGAGAAACAUAAACUGGAAAAGCAGCUGAGAGAUUGUCAAUCAUCCUUAGCUGAAGCAGAAAAUGGUUUAAUUUCAAGGUCUGAGUUUCUAGAGAAGGAGAAUACCCGAAUUGAAAAGGAGAUGACGGAUUUAUUAACUGAAUUGAACCGUCAAAGAGAUCACAAUGACCUGAUGCGUGAUAAAGUUUGUGAUCUGGAAAUGAGUUUAGAACACAGUAAGCAACAUCAACUUGAAAACUAUACGUAUCAGAAAGUUUUGGCUGAUACCACUCAAAUGUAUGAGAAGAAUAUAGCAGAAUUGAAAAAACAGCUGGAAGUCGAGCAUGUUCGCUCUGUCAGCGCCAAGGAAGAGUUAGAGGUGAUGAAAAAGAUUUUAUGCGAUCACAAAAAGUCAAUGCAGCAUCAUGAAACAGAGAAUUCAGCAUAUAAGAAGGCACUUGCUGAAACCACUCAGAGAUACGAGAAGAAAAUGGUAGAGCUAACGAAACAAUUAGAGGAUAAGAAUGCCCACAUUGAGGUUAUGGAAGAACAGUUGCAUUCGGCAAAGAGCUGCUUAAGUACUCAUCAAAAUUCAAUGCAGGAAGAGAUCGAGGAACUCAAGGAAAAGUUAAAACAUUCAUGCCAGUUGCAUGAAAAUACUCUCACUGAAUUUCAAUGCUUGAAAUUGGAGCAUAAAGAUCUAGCAGAAGGGAAGGAAAAACUGAAGGAAGAACUUCACAUCAUGAGGCAAAAACUUCUAUCAGAAGAGAAGCAGAGGAAGGCUAUUGAAAAUGAAUUAGUUCAAAUAAAAAGGACUGUACCCACGAGUGAGAAUGAUUUUGAGGAUAAGAAAUCGUACAUAAAGGAUAAUAUACAGAGAGAACCUUCAAACUUGGGAACUCCCUUGGGUUUACACAAGACGAGUCAAUUGAAAGAGACCAAUUCUGGUCAACGUGCAACAAUUGCAAAGAUAUGCGAGGAAGUUGGUCUUCAGAAGAUCUUACAGUUGUUGACUUCCGAAGACUCUGAUGUCCAAGUCCAUGCUGUAAAGGUGGUGGCCAAUCUUGCUGCUGAAGAUUCAAAUCAGGAAAAAAUCGUAGAUGAAGGUGGCUUGGAUGCUUUGCUUAUGCUACUGCAGUCAUCUAAAAAUAUGACAAUUCUCAGAGUGGCUUCUGGAGCUAUUGCAAAUUUAGCAAUGAACGAAAGGAAUCAAAUCGUAAUAGUGAACAAAGGAGGUGGCCAGCUACUGGCAAGAACAGCAUCCAGAACAGACGAUCCUCAAACCCUUCGCAUGGUUGCUGGUGCCCUUGCUAAUUUAUGUGGAAAUGAAAAGUUGCACAAGAUGCUAAAGGACGACGGUGGUAUCAGGGCACUUCUGGAAAUGGUUAGAUCUGGAAGUAACGAUGUUAUUGCGCAAGUUGCAAGGGGAAUGGCAAAUUUUGCCAAGUGUGAAUCAAGGGGAAUCGUUCAAGGACGCAAGAAAGGCCGUUCUCUUCUAAUGGAGGAUGGCGCCCUUACAUGGUUAAUCAACAAUUCUCAUACUAGUUCUGCAUCAACUCGGCGCCAUAUUGAGCUUGCCCUCUGUCAUUUAGCGCAAAAUGAGGAAAAUGCAGCAGAUUUUGUAUCGAGUGGAGGGGCGAAAGAGUUGGAGCGAAUAUCGUGCGAAUCGAAUAGAGACGAUAUCCGCAGCUUAGCGAAGAAGAUGCUGAGGCUAAACAGCACAUUUCAAGCUUAGAUAGAGGAGAGAAGAGAAGAGAGCAAGAUGUACAGGACUGAAGAAUGUUUUGAAAUCUCAUAAAUUCCUUGUCUGUGCAUUCUGUUUUGACCAAGAAAAGAAAAAGGAAAAAUGCAAGAUCCCGAGUUUUAACAGGGCUAAUUGUUUCCAUAAGGAUAAAACUAUGGUGAGAUGUAAAGAAUUUUAAUUUCCACUCUUAAUUACAACUUGUGCUCAAAUUUUCUAUUUGACAGCACCCCAUUUGUGGGAGGUAUUAAAAACAUCUACUGGUGAAUUAUUAAUGUAGUAGCUAUACUUGUAAUGCAAUAUUGGAUCUAAAUAUUCUAGUUAAAUUA